UCGCGGGAGCGCGCGUGUGUUGUUCUCUGCCAGAGGAGCGCGUGCUCGUGCAGCAUUGGCACUUGGAUGCAGUGACAGUUGCAGCAGCAGCGCUGGAUUCACCAGUCAUGGGAGCCAGGGAGUGAGAACACAGCCCGGGCAACUGCAGGUUCUGUUGGGACAAAUCUAUUACUGCUAAAGUCACUGAAUAUUAUCUGCUUGGACCAUUGAGGAACCAAAAAUGAAGCACUUCAUGCAAAUGGUGGUUAAGGUGUGGAUAUACUUCUACUGCAUUUGUCUGUGGCGUUGCUUGAAAUUCAUCUUGCGGAAGCUGACGGGCCGCUGUGAACUGCAGAGAAUCUGUUACAAAAAUAAGCCCGGCGCUGGCCGAACGCUAAAAUUAGAAUCUUCCCUGAAGUCUUCAAAGAGCAAGCUUCUGCAGAAUGCCCCGUCCGUUCAUCCUGAUGCCAUUGAGAAAACUAUAGAAGACAUUCUGACUUUGAAAAAAGUUAAUCUUGACACAAACCCACAGUUGGCUGUGUCUCUCCAAGCCUGCCUCUUGCAGAUCGUGGGCUACAGAAACCUAACAGUGGAAAUUGAAAAGCUGCGUCGGGAGGCCUAUGAUUCGGAGAACCAGCAACAUGAAGAAAUGCUUUUAAAGCUUUGGAAGACUCUGAAACCUGGCGUUCCCCUGGAAGCUCGGAUUUCUAAGCAGUGGUGCGAAAUUGGUUUCCAAGGCGAUGACCCAAAAACGGAUUUCAGAGGAAUGGGCCUUCUUGGACUGUACAAUUUGGUAUACUUUGCAGAGAAGGAUCCAACCUCAGCUCUUCAAAUCCUCUCUGACUCCCUUCAACCAAAAUCCAGGGAUGCCAAUAAGGAGGAAUUCAGCAACUUCAGCAAAACAGAAUGGGAGAUGAAAAAGUUUGACAAAGCAAUAGGUUACUCAUUUGCCAUUGUUGGAAUCAAUAUCACUGACCUUGCCUACAACCUGCUGAUAAGUGGGGCACUGAAAACCCAUCUCUACAAUGUGGCACCGGAAGCCCCCAUAUUGCACCAUUUCCAGCAGACCUUCUGUUUCCUGAUGCACGAGUUUCAUAAAUUUUGGAUUGAAGAAGACCCUUUGGACAUCAUGGAGUUCAACCGCGUCCGCAACAAGUUUCACAAGCGCAUCUUGAAGCAGCUCCAGAACACAGAUAUGGCGUUGUGUCCUCACUUUGCUGCCUCAGAAAGCUUAAUCAACCUGUAAAGAUCUACAUCCUUGAUUGGAAGAAUCACUGCCUCACUAUUGUGUUUAAACCACGGCUUCGAUCACGGCUCAUGCUGUAUGACCACAGCGAUUGUAUGCAUGCUUUUCGGUACAAGUAUUCAUCUCUGUUUUUUCUUAUACAACGAAUCCCUGGAGACUAGCGCUCCUUGGGAUAUUUAUCAUUCCGUGGGUAGACAUUUUGCCACUUACACAGUGUUAUAUUUUCAUCCGACAUGAGAGUUUUCUAUUUUUUUAGAUUUUUCUCGCGCAUUGAAAAGUUGUAUUUGUCGCAUUUAGAUCGAUGUUCUGAGCAGCCAGUGCUUGUAUUGUAGACAUUUUAUGAUCUUCAGUGUAUUCUUGUAACUUUGCUAAGGUCUCCGGAGUUAAAUGUAUUUUUGGAAGUUUCUCUUAUAUUCCAUUGGUAAAAGUUUUGAAGUCUUCUAAAAGAAUAUUAUAUAUUAAUAGGCAGUGCUUUCUCGAUAUAUAAUGUACUGAAUGCACUAAACAGCAAUUGAUCCAAGGUUGGUAUUAAUAUUCGAUUUAUCGUGAUUGGCUUAAAACUGAGUUGACCUUUCAUAAAAUAUUAAAAUGCUAGUGCAUAACUUUUUGCUAUUUUGUAGCUUACCUUCUUUUACUAAAGUGGCUACAGAGUGACUGAAGAUUUUCAUUCAUCCAGGUCAUGGUAUAUCUAAUAUACAUAAGUCAUUUUAGAAUUAUUUAUAUUAGAUGUGGCUACUGAGCGUUAUUAAAGGGUUGGUGUUCUUUACUCUUCUCGUUAAGUGGUAGAUCUUCGUACAUCCAGGAAUUACAGGCAAGCUGUAUGGUUUUUGUAUUUUGUAUCUUAAUAAAUGGUCAAAGAUAUUGUAGAAAUUUGAAUGACAUAGAUACCGCCCAAUUUAUUGGAAAUUCUAACCAACAGAACCUUACUAUGAUCUCUCAGAUCAAGUGCCACAUAGGAUUCUGGAAUCAAUAUAAGCAUUGGAUUGGAUAGGUAGUGAUACGUCUAUAUUAUAGGUCCCUAAACUGUAAGAUGGCCCCUCCUUGAAGUCUCCAAUUUAAAGGAUUAUGUAUUCGAGCAUAAAUAUGCACAAAAUUAAGCUCUGCUGAAAAUAAUGGAAUACACACUAUAGCAAUUCUCGUGGGGAGCUUGAGAUCCAACAUCAGCCACGCAAUGGCAGUAUUUGCAUUUUUCAGCAGAAACGGCAAUACGCCAAGGAAAUGCAAUAUAAUUGAACUCUAUGGCAGUGCCGGACCAAGUCGGCUGGGUUCCCUGGGCAACCCGGCUGGCCAUAUCGCCCUUCCUCGUGCGCACAAAAGCACACACAUGUGCAGAAGAGUGAACACACGAUCACACAUGCGCAGUAGAGUACACAAGCUGAUUUGCCGCUGCAGUUGGGGGAGCACAAGGGUCCAACUAGAAGAAUGCCUGGAGCCCCUCUACUUUUGAGCCCUAGGCAUGUGCUUCUUUUGUCUAUCCCUAGUUCUGGCCCUGCUCUAUGGCAGGGGUCCCCGACCCAAAAGUGGGCCGCGGACAUUCCCGCACUGGACGCCGGUGCGUCAAAAUUGGACACCGGUAAAGGGUCCCUAUCAAAUGUGUGACUUGAAAAUGGGGCCCAAACCCACAGGCAUUCCUCUCUGAGCACGGCCUCUUCAUCCUUCCUGUUGGACCUGGCCAACUUGAGAAUAAACCAUGGUCAACACAGGAAGAAACACCAGCCUUAAAUCAUCAAAUAACUGUAGGGACAAAGGAAAAGACAAAGCUGCAGGUAGUGGGAUCAGGUUGGUGAUGGGCUAAGAAAGUGUUUUAAAUAGGCUUCUGUUUCAUUGGUUCUUUUAAGGCAGAGAUUGUGGUGCUGGUCCCCCAACUGGAGGCAACCGGGGUGGCUGGGAAGUCUGAAGGUCAAUUAGGAUGAAAUGUUGUCAGAAUGUCUAUUUGUUCUCCUAGAAGCCCAGCUUGAAGGUCUUUUGGGUUCAAUUUGGGGGUGAACACCUUUACUGUCCAAAUAGUUGUCAGUAAUAAGAUAAAUAUAAAUAUUGGAUGUAAGCAUGUGACCACCCUGACCUACCAAAUGAAUGUGUCUUUGGACAUUUUCUUUACAUUCUAGCUUCUCUCUCCUCUUGGAGAACUAAAACAAAAAAGUUCAAGAUUUUUUUUUUAACAUUUGUUGCAAAAUAUUACAUAAAUUGAUAUGAAUUAUGUUAUAGCCAGUAGUGCUCGUAAUUGUACUUUGACUUUGUUUUAAUAAAUGU